AUGCUUUCUCGGGGUUGUCUGAGUUUUAUGUCCGUGAAAAAGCUCUUUCCUGUAGUUCUUGCAGGAGUAGCUAGAGCUAAGCACACUCUUCCAGAGUUGCCUUACGAUUACAACGCCUUGGAACCAACAAUCAGCGCGGAAAUCAUGCAACUUCACCACCAAAAGCACCAUGCUACGUACGUAAAUAACUUAAAUGUGGCAGAAGAGAAGCUUGCUGAGGCACAAGCUAAAGGUGGGACGAAACUAAAAAUAAUCUCUUAAAAACAGCGUAAAAAGACUUAAGUUUUGGUAUCGGUGGAAUAUGAUGCUUCAUUUACGCUUCCUUUAUGUAAUUCAUGAUGGUCAAGUCAAGCCUUCGGAUAAUCUUCGUAAAUAUUCUUAAGCCAUCGGAUAAACUUCGGAAUCCAGAUUUGGUACGGUCGAAUUCAGAAAUCAUGUCUUGCUAAAACCGAUGAUGGAAUUCAAUGCCCUCCAGAUUUAGUGUAUCUUUUCUUUGACUUACAGUUUUUUAAGGCGAAGAUAUUAAACGAGGAAGAAUAGGUUUGAGGGUCUCCCGGGGGUCCUUGUUCCCUUGUUCCCUUCCAAAAUUGCCCUAUGUUCCCUUGUUCCCACAUUUUUUCAUUAUUUGUUCCCUUUAAAUAAAUUUGCGUACCACUUGUCACCACCAUCAAUUCCCUCCCGCAAAAAAAAAAGAAAGAAAAAAUACACCAAAAACAAAUCUUACAAAAGAAGAAAAUAGAUUGUAUGUGAAUGUUCAAUUUGUGUGACACAUCAUCUCAAGCAUUUGAGCGAAAUUUACAAUCCAUCAGAGUGGGAUGAGCAUUAGAACUAACCUUAACUGGUUAAAAAUAACUAGUGGGCAUGACUUGACUCCUGCACUUAGUCGUAUUUGAAGUUAUAUGGCCUUCAGAGCUUUGCUCCAGCUAAAAGGUUCUGAAUUAAGAGAUUUUCCCCUUCGGUAAGAAAUGAGGAGAGGCUCCUUAAAGAUUUUCCUUAGCCGUUUGGCUUUGUAUAAGGUGCCAUUUCCUAUUAAUAUUUUCUUCAGGUUAGGUAAAGCUGGGUCGCAUUGUGUAACAAAAGGUAGAAGUUUUUUACGUGCAGAUUUGUUUCUCUGUGGUAGGGCUGUUUUCUUGUCGGCAAAUUUUACUUCAGAGAGGUACUUUCUUAAAAUAGCAGCAGGGUAGCCCCUUUCUAACAGGUGGUUUUGAAAAUUUCUGAUAUUCCUCAAAUGUGAUCUGCAAGGAAUUGGUCCUUAGUCCUUCUCCUUUAAUGAAGCCUUUCUUCACUCCUGGUGGGUGACACGAGUAGAAGUCCAUGUACUGGAGUGUUUCUGUUGGCAUGUUUAGUUGGCUACACCAAUCUGCGAUUCCAAAUCCUUAUCCAACUCAACAAAUAAAAUCAAACAACAUCUUGUCACUUUCGCCCCCGAUUUCCCAUUUCAAAGGAACAAUGCACUGCUGGUUUUUCUUCGCCAUUUCUAGAAAUCGAAGCAGUGACAGGUAGCACAUCACGAUUGUUAAAUGAUCUAUCCGCCAUCUUGGUCAUCUGUGACAACAGAUCCCGAGUUUUUGUGAGAGUGCCAGGAUUUUAAUAGAGGACCCAAUCAUAUCAGGGCCAGAAGAUUUCCAAAGUUCUCAAGAAAAUGACUGUGCUUCAUUGAUCCAUUUUCUUUGACUUCUCUCACACUGGUUCUUGUUUAUCGGUUGUCACGCUAAUCAUGUGAUUCAGUUUUUGUUUCUUGCCAAACAGUGCAACAGUGUCUGUGAAGUAGUGCCCUUUGCCAGUUGAAAAAAAUUGUGAGGUAUAUUGACUACAGUGCAUUAAGUUCAGGAAGAGUUUUUCUCUUUCUCCUUCUUUUUUUUUGUAAGAUUUUUGUUAUGGUUGUGAUUAAAGUGCUGCUGCAUUGUUGUGUGGCAGACAAAUGGCAUUCAGUGUGUGAGAAAAUGUGUAUCUUAUUUAAGAUUUUAAUAGUUCAGCUUUUUUGGUAGACAUAAAAAAAAUGGUCAAUGGUCUACAGGCUUAGGGCAUGAUAGUAAAGUUACCUAUCAGCAGGUGUGACUCAUGCUUUAGGAAUGAGAAGUAGUAGGUAUAAGUGAAGCCAUGAUGAUUGGAUUCCUUGGAAAGGUCUCUUUUCUUAGUGAUCCAUUGAAAGACUUUUAAGAUGUCAUUCCAGGGACAUACUAUAAUACUAAGUAUUGUCAACUGAGCUCAAUAAAUGUUACAAGUUGUAAAAUGGGUGGCCAAACGAAACACCAUCAUCACUUUUUGAGAUUUUGCUGGGGACAUUAUCUUGUGUUAUUAUGUACAGUACUUUUUUGAAUUGUGUGAUUUCUCUCUAGGUGAUAUCAGUUCCAUAAUAUCUCUACAACCAGCACUUAAAUUCAAUGGUGGAGGGCACAUCAAUCACAGUAUAUUUUGGACUAAUCUUUCUCCUGAUGGUGGUGGAGAACCAACAGGUGCAUAUUUAUACAAAAAGAAAUGAAAAGAAAGACACUGAGGAUAAUUGUCCAUGGGCAAGUUUCAAGCCAUAAGCUGAAAACCAGAUUUCAUAUAAGGCUUUCUCUCCGUAUUUUUUAUGAGGAAUUCACAGUUAAAUGAACUGUUCACCCAGAAAGUUGCAUAAUUUUACUUAAAAUUGUUUGUAUAUAAGUCAGGUUUUGACAAGACACAGUCAGGACCACAAGUUAAAAGUAGUGAGAUAGAAUAAUAGCAGAGUUUGGGAAGAAAUUUCAUUGAAAACUUGCUUUAUAAAGAUAGCAUGUGUUUUAAAGUUGAAUCAGCCCCUUGCUUUAUAAAGAUAGCAUGUGUUUUAAAGUUGAAUCAGCCCCAGGAUAGAACGUUUGGACAAACUGGAUAUACAGUACGUAUUUCUGGCAUUGAGGCCACAAAGUCACUCUUAAGAGGUGGUGAAGAAGGAACUUAAAUUGAUAUGCAGCAGAAAAAAUGCAAACCUAAGUAACCACGAAAGACUAGUCACCUGCUAGAACGAUUCUCAUAAAUAACCAGAGCUCUCUAAUUCUGACCUCUUUAAUUGAUUCUGAAGGUGGUCCUUUACAAGAGCUGUGAAUUUAAUAGGUUUGUGGUGAACCUUCACAGAAAACUGUGUAAAAUGUUUUCUACACCAGGUGACCUGCUGGAAGCUAUCAAGCGAGACUUUGGCUCCUUUGAGAAUUUCAAAGAAAGAUUCAACACAGCAUCAGUGGCAGUGCAGGGUUCAGGUUGGGGUUGGUUGGUAAGUCAUGGAUUUUUGUUAGAAACUUGUAAUAACCAAUUUCAUGUGUAAUCAUUUCCCUUGCCCAGGUAACCAAUGCACAAUUUACUAAUUAGUCUUUCUCUGCAAGGCACAGGUAGCCCAACCUUGAUAUCUGGGCUCUGAAUAAUUCAAUACUGUUUGUGAACUGCAAAUGACACUCAGUCAUUGGAUGUUGCUUAACCAAAAUAGCACUUUUCACUGAUGACAUCACAAAUUUCUGAUCCCUGCUGUGACUCAGACAUUGAACCUGAUCCUUUUAAGAGGAUAAUUUGUAUGGGAGAAUCAUGCGCGCCUACAAUAUUAACAUCAUCUUUAAAGAUUUUUAUUGUUGGAAAAAAAAAUCAGGCUGGUUUUGAUAAUGUAUAUCCUGAAUAAAAAUUAGUGUGUGCCAACACUUUCUUAACAAAUGAAAUAACUGUAUGGAUGAAUGAUUUUAUUCUGAAUGCAGUUUCAUUACCCUGGCUAAAAUAUGUUAUCACAUUUCACUUAGAAAUGUACAAAGGGCAAGGUAGCAAAGCUGUUCAUAAAAAGGUGCAUUUGGGGCAAAGGAUGCUUUUUUUUCUGAGUGCAAAGGCAAUGCUCAAUAUGCUACUAUGAGAUAUAAAAUACUGCAUGGUGCUUACCUGGUUUCAAAACCAAAGGUAACAAACUUAUACAAUUUCCGGUUUGUGCUCAUGUAAGGGUGCUUUAACGCUGGUUUUCACUAGCGAGGGAGUCGGAGUGGAAGCUAUUCAUAAGAAUGCUUAUGACUCAGUGAAAAUCAAAAAUUUAUUGGAGUUUUAAGCAGAGUUGUGAGUGCGACGGAAUCAGAGUUGGAAGAAUCAGAACGUUUCCAUUUUCUUCCGACUUCGCUUAUGACUCCAUUGCUAACAAUCUAGUGAAAAGCAGAUUGUCAGCGUCAGAAGCAGAAGUGCAAGGAUAAACCAAUCACAAUGCACAUUCUCAUGCUUUGUGAUUGGUUAAGUUCUUCCGCUUCUGCUUGCGACUCUGAUGACCUAGUUUUCACUUGAUCGUAAACAAUGGAGUCAUAAGCAUAAUCAGAGUGCUGUUUUCACUAGAUCACAAAGUUCUAUGCUUCUGAUUAUGGCUCCGACUCCAACUCUGUUACUAGUGAAAACCAGCCCUUGGAGUUUAGAAAUUCUGCCACAGGCUUGCAAAAGCACAUACAAACUCAAUUUUCACUUCAGCAUGUUUGCUUUUGGAGUAUUACACAGCCAGAAAUGUUAUGUCAUGUUUCAGUUUUAUGACUAAGAUAGAGCUAUGGAUCUGAUUUUAGUAGCCUUACUUUGACCAGGUUGCUUUACUUUCUAAUUUUGAACAUUUAAUUGAGUUACUUGGGCAGUAAUGUCUUUUAUAUAUUAGAAUAAAGCUCAAAAAACAUUUUAAAAACAUUGAUUGCGAAUUUUAUGAACAAUUUUUUUAUGCUGGAAAAGCAUGUUGCUCAUGGAGUUAGAUAGAUACAUAGAUACAUAGUUUAUUUAUAAUCACAUCACAAGGGAGAGGUUGAAUUAGGCGAUUAUUACAAAUACUUAAAUUAAUUACUUAAUUAAUUACUUAAUUAAUUACUUAAAAAUACUAAUUACUUAAAAAUACUACCACUAAUAAGCUAAUUUAUAAAAAAAAAAUUAAAGAAAAGAAUAACAGAAACAAUACAUGAUUACAUUACAGUAAAAUUUAGAUUUGUUAAAAAAAUAAAAAACAGAAUCGACAUGAUAAAAAGCAAUCGAAACUUCUAGAGCUAUGGAUCAGGAACACAGUUUAAGCUUUGGGGGCGUUGGACGUAAUAAAACUAUUACGGAAUCUGUUCUUCUUGAAAAUGGGCCUAAAUUUCCGUUGCCUUUGAGUAGAAUGCAAAGUUUGCAUGCGUCAUGUGAAGUGGGUCUAUUGUUACAAAACCUAUUUUUAGUGAUAGCGCAAAGUGCUAUUUAUACUUGUGUGUGACAAAUCCUACUGAGAUGGACAUAAUGACUGGACAGAUCAAACACUUUUGAGUAUCAUUUUUUAGCUGAAAAUUUGCACAGUAAUUAAAGAAAUUAAAAUUCAGCAUUGUAACAUAUUUUAAGAAAUAAUGCCUGAGGGGCCGGGACUCCCUUCAUGAAGAGAUAGGGAUGCUUGAUGUCUCGCUUUGUUGUGUAAAUUGGAGAUAUUCAUUUCACCAGUUAUGUUACCAUGGAAAAGCUAAUAUUCUUGCCCAAAUAGAUGUCCCAUGCGAUUAGGGGCAAAGAAUUUAAUAUAUACAAAGACAUCAAAUGUCAGUCAUAAUAUUCCUACAAUAAUAAAAUUUUAUGUAGCUCUUGGUUUUGGGAAGCAGCCUGUCUUUUAUUACUUUAGUCUCUGUUAGAAGCCUAAUUCUAUGCUUCUGAUUGAGCAUCCCCAUAUCUGUCAUAUGGGAAUCACCACCCCAGACCAACAAUUUUUCUAGUUUUUCUGACAGAAACAGUGACCUGUGUGAACACGUGUCCUUCUAAAAUGAAUUUUUUUUCAGGCCUGAUACUGUAUGCUUUUAUUAUGUUGUACAGUAAAUGAUUCGUAGACUACAUAUUGCAUUUAUGGGAAAUUCACUUCACUUACCUCUAUAUGGGCUUGUUGUGGCAUUGUUUUAUGUAAGAGCUUUGUAGUUUGCUGUUUGGUUUAGUGCUGCUGUUUGCUUGUCCUUAGGGUGGGGAAGGUGGUGUCUUGUAGACUAUGGCAUGUCAAAAGGAAACUUGCCCACAAAAAAGGGAAUGAGAAUAAUGUGUUCUAAAGAAGGCUAGUAUUGGCUGGUAUUUAUAUUGAACCCUUAUUGAAUGUUGAAAAUGGUAUUAUAAGUUAAUGGAUCCACUGCAUGUUUUUUGUAGGGGUACAACAAGGUAGAUAAACAUCUUGUGAUUGCUACCUGUGCCAACCAAGAUCCACUUCAAGCCACAACAGGUAAUUUUUCGGUCAUCCAUAAAGUUGCAGAGACUCUAAACUACACUGACUUUGGUGUGGAUCUAACUCAAUGCUGUUAACGUGGAUAAUAUAUGAUCAUAUCAAAGGCAGUUCAAUUUCAUCCGGAACUGUAACACGUCACCAACGGUUUCCCCGCAAAUGACAUACAGAUCAUAUGUCACUACAUGAUCUUGGUCAUGUGCUUCUGAAAGGUUGAAGCGAAUUUUCAUCCAUUCAGAAGCACAACCCAGUUCAAGGUAGUAACACAUCAUCACUAUGGAAUUUCUGCAGGUCAUUCCACAGAUGUCCUUUGGUGGGAAGUAGUAGUGUCACAAAAUGUCAGACUGCUGUUUUCCCAGGCUCUACACCUGUACAUACUUUCUCCUUAAAUUUUCUUAGCAAAGCAGCUUUGGAACUCCUGUAGCUUUUUCACUUUUUUUUUGUUAAACUGGGGUGAUCCGUCCAAACAAAGUCUGCAUAAUCAACACAACUGUGAAGGUACAUGUAUAUCAACACAUUUUGCAAUUUUUUCUAACGUUAUGAUAUGUUUUAUUCACAGGUCUUGUUCCCCUUCUUGGAAUUGAUAUGUGGGAACAUGCAUACUACCUUCAGUAUAAGAACCUGCGUCCUGAUUACAUGAAGGCUAUUUAUAAUGUUAUCAACUGGGCCAAUGUGGCUGAAAGAUAUGAUGCAGCUAAAUCAUAACCUUCAACCUUUCUUGUUGAACACUGAAGUUUGCUGUUUGUCUCAUACGCUCAUGACAAAAUCAAAUUUUUAUUUUCACUUCUGAUGAAAGAGAAGUUCUGUUUUGAGCUUUUUUGUGAGUCUCAAAAAAAAAGUUGUAUGUACCUUUCACAGCUCUGGGAUAAAAUCUUUUAAAACUUAACUCAGUAUAACUGUGAGACUGUGGAAGGUGUGGACACAGGAUUCAUUUCAUAAUUAGGUUGAGCAUGAUCGUCCAGGCUAUGAAGACUCGGAAAUGCCAUUGCUGCAUUUCGAUUAGCCUAUUAUCACAGUUUAUCAGUCGAUUAUUGUAUCAGUAUAAUAUUGUCAGUAUACUGUCCUUGUGAGUUAUUGCAAAUAAUUUUGGCACAAGUAAUCAUAUGGAGAAAACUAUGAUGAACCCAGUCUAGUGAGAUAUGUUUCAAUGAAGUUGAAUGUGAUAGUCCAGGAGCCAGAUUCGUAAUGUACUAUGUAGCCUGUAAAGAGGCUGUUGGAGCCGAGAGGGUGGAGAGACCCAUCAGAGUUUAACUUUCCUUGGUACACCAAAGUCCUUUUUCAGGACUGCGCAUGCGUGGAUGAUAACACUUUACCUGCUUCAGAUAAUUGUGUAGUGUUGUGAUUUAUAAGCUACGUGGGGUAUUAAAGAGCUCCAAAAAAAUCUCGAUGUUGUCUUGAGAGUUAGAAACACUCAGAAAAUUAUUUUAAAAGUUUAAAAACUUUGUAGACGGACAGCAAACAAAGAUGUGUUGCUUCAAAGAAAAAUAAGUUGUUUAGUUAUAACGGAAAAGUGUUGUGUAAAACUGUGUUUUCAGUUUUUACAGUUUUAAUAGUGUGAACUGUGGAAGUUUCAAAGCAUGAAUAAGAAUAAACAGAGUUAAGGUGUUUCGACGGAUACAGUUUUUGGGAGACCAUACCGAUGUUUUUCAAUCACCUUAAAGUGAUUUUAUCCUUGUCCGAUCGCUACAAAUUUUUCACCAGUGAUUGACUAUGAAUUGAAGUUUGUCAGAAUGCAGUUUUUAGUAAAAUCGAUAUCACUAUGACAACAAUAAACAAAAAAGUAUGAAAUCGAUGAAAUCCGAAUUUUGAGCGGUCUAGACCUGCUACUGAAAGUCCGACACCAGGAACUCAGUUUGA